AUGAGAGAGGCUGGGAUUAUGCUGAUAAGCACCGCGCUAACAUGCGUCGUUAUUGGCAAUGCGUAUUAUCAAAGAAAACAAUUCUAUCCGACCGUCGUUCACAUAACCAAAUCUAAUCCAAGCAUGACCGUAAUCUACACGCAAGGAUUUAUUCUUGCGUUCAUGAUUAACGCCUUCCUGCGAAAGAUCUUUUUCGGUACCUUACGCGCUGCCGAGCUCGAGCACCUAGUGGAAAAAGUCUGGUAUGCUGUGACAGAGACAUGCCUGGCGUUUACAGUGUUCAGGGAUGAUUUCAGUCCUAAGUUUAUAGCAUUAUUUACCCUCCUCUUGUUCUUGAAGUCAUUUCACUGGCUUGCAGAGGACCGUGUUGAUUACAUGGAAAGAAGUCCGGUAAUAACAUGGUUGUUCCAUCUUAGAGUCGCCACUUUACUAAAUCUUUUGUUUGUCAUCAAUAUAAUGAUGAUCAAUUAUGCCUACGAUACAACAGCCACUAAAGGUCCCUCCGUACAACUUGUGUUUGGCUUUGAAUAUGCAAUUUUGUUAACUGUUCUUUUUAAUAUUACUGUAAAAUAUGUCUUGCAUACUAUUGAUCUACAAAGUGAAACUCCUUGGGACAACAAACCAGUUUUCCUGUUGUAUACAGAAUUGAUUAUUGGCGUAUUGAAAGUUUUCCUCUAUUUUGCCUUUGUGACCUUAAUGAUAAAGUUAUUUACAUUACCUUUAUUUGCAUUGCGUCCUAUGUAUUACACAAUGCGAGACUUCAAGAAAGCACUUCACGAUAUUGUAAUGUCUCGAAGAGCUAUUAGGAAUAUGAAUACUCUUUAUCCAGAUGCAACAACUGAAGAAUUAGCUGCUGCUGAUAAUGUUUGCAUUAUAUGUCGAGAGGAAAUGGUCACAGCUAGUAAAAAAUUGCCGUGUAAUCAUAUCUUCCAUACUGCAUGCUUACGUUCUUGGUUUCAACGUCAGCAAACAUGUCCGACGUGUCGGUUGAACAUUUUGAGGCCUACGCCAAACAACACAAGACCUAGACAACAAAAUCCUCCUCAGCCUGGACCACAGGUGCCUCCGCAACCUCCACAAGCACCUGGUGUCAAUCCUAUCGGACCACCCUUUCAUUUCCCAGUAUUUUGGGCUGGAUUACCAGCUCCAGGUAUGCCACCACAACAGCAACAGCAGCAACAACAACCACAACAACAACAGCCGCAACAGCAACAGCAGCAACCUCAAAAUAAUGCUGGAAGUACUCCGCCUCAAAAUCCAAUACCACCUACUGGAAAUAUUCCACUUUUUCCACCGCUAUUUCCUACAAUAGUACCAUUGCCACCUAUUCCUGUACCGCCACCGAAUUUAAUCGAAUUGAGCGAAGAAGAGCUCAGAGCGAUGGAAGGUAACCUGCGGCAAGCUGUUGAAGCCAGAAUACAAACGCUGCAAAGAAUUCAACUUUUAUUAGAUGCAGCCAAUGCAAUGAUGAAUCAAUAUCAAACAGCAGCUGCUACCGCUAACAUUCCUGUGAACAAUAAUUCUACAAGCAAUACCGAUAGUACCUCGGAUACAUCCACGAUGCCAGGUCCAAGCGGUACAGCAAACACAAGUAAUGGAAUUAAUAGCGAUAAUUCUGAAGUUAAAGUAGAAAACACUCCUACUCCGAGUACGUCAAAGGAAAACACUCCUACUCCAAGUAUAUCGAAGGAAGACACGUCAGCAUGUAAUGAUACAGUAGACUUAUCUAGGACUGAAUCUUCAAGCGAACAAGAAAUGCUGCGCAGACGUAGGUUACAAAAAUUUUCAUCUCCACCAACAGAAUAAAUAAAAAUAAAAUUGUGUGAUAACUUAUGUAACAUAAUAGUUUUUAACUUGGUUUAUUAUCGGCCUCAAUUAACGCAAACGGUCAAUAAUUGAGGACUGUAUAAAGCUAAAGUUUGGAUUUUGUGAUUCAGACGAGAUAAGACGAUAUUCGAUAUUGUUUGGGGUUAAAAGGCAGUUAAUGUUUUAAGCACUGAUAAGGCUGUUUGUAAAAAAAUCUCCAGCGAUUAUUAAAUCCAGAAUUUAGUGAUAACCGAGACUGAAAGCUUGAGACUCAAAUUGCAAACUGUUAUACUACCAACAAUCAUAAUCACAUGAAAGAAUGAUUUUAUAGGAAUGACAAUUUUUUGUCUUUCUUUUUGUAAAUUAUUAU